AAUCUCGUCAGAAAGUCGCGCCUGCACGUGUGUUUUGGUGGCGUUUAUGUGCUUCUCUCGGCUGACGGCGCAAUAAUGAAGACUCAACUCGACGAAAGCGCGUCCAACUUUCUGAUCCAGGCGUCUCUGCUCUAUAAAGACACGUGCCCAGAGCUCUCUCGGCACUUACUGCAAGGUCCAAUAGAAGCUGGUGGUCUUUUAAAGAAGUCGAGGCUCCCUGUCUGUCCAUUCUGUUAUCAGUGGCUGCAGCCGGACAACCACAGAGUAAGAGUGCGUCCCAAACAGCGGCCCACGGCCCGGGUGCAGAGGCUCCUGCGUCGACAGGCUCAAGGAAAAGCCCUCAGUCUGGUGCAGAGGGAUCUGCUGCAGAGGUUUUACAAGUCCUCCUCAGUCCUGAUGGCCACCUGCCACACCUGCAAUAGGACGUCCAGACAAAAAGGAAUGGGCAGAGAGUUCAUAAUGACUCUGUCGAGAACUCACAGCACACCGGGAAGCAGUGGAAAGCACAAGACACCCCAAUCAGGGAGCAGAUCCAGCACAUCCACCCCCAAGACCGGGGGAAAAGACAAAACGCCUGUGAGCACUCCUCGAACCUCCAUCUCAUCUACCACUCCAGGCUCAGGAUCGACUUCCAAGUCUCCAGCUGCGAAGGGCAAAAACUGGGUAGUGCAACGUUUGAGCAAAAUACUCCUGCGAGAAGACAACCAAGGCAAAAAGAAAGGCGGGUUGAAAGAUUUCCUCUCCUCUCUUUGAAUUGAGAUUAACAUUAUUUGUAAAACAUGUAGGUUUGGGGUGAAAGGUAAAUUGUAUUGCUCCAAUGGCAAAAGUGAACGCAUUGUACGUUUUCUAGCCAAUUUUGGAGGGGUUUGCCGAGCUCCAAGUACUGCCCCAGGACCUUAUCUCUUCAAUGUGCUAUUGCAAUUGAAUUACAGCUUCUGUUCAGUUAAAGCAGGGGUGUCCAAACUAUGGCCUGAGGACUAAAUGCAGCCCUCAGACCAAUUUGUGUUGGCCCUCAGGCCUUCUCCCGAAUUGGCUCAAAAGAUAAUAAACAGUAUUUGUACUGCUUAUUUAUUUAAGUAUUCUACUAGGUACAUUUUCAAAGCAUUAUUAAAUGCUCUCAUUUUAAUGACUCACUUUAUUGACCAUCAGCCCUCCACUGUGAACAUAGUGGUGAAGAGAGUUUAAACACCCUUGAAUAAAAUGGUUAUUUUUUGCUGUAACUGAGUUUACAAGAGUUACUUUAACAAACGACUAAAAUUACACAGAGCACUGUGAUUAUUGUUACUGUUUACACCAAUAUUGUUUCAGUGUAAUUGAGAUUUUAUAUUUUAGGUUUCUUGGGCAUUUUGUCAAUAAAUGCAUACAAAUGGGUUGUAAACCUUGAACUGUAAAUAUUACAAAAAAUAUUCAGUUUACAUUUAUCUGGCUUUUCUGCCAUGGACAUGUACUGAAAACGUGUAGAUACUACAACAGUAUAUACAUUGCUAUUAUUUUGUAUUUUUUUAUUUUUUAUGUUUUUGUUAAUGCCUGUGAUUUGUAUGUAGCCUACUGCAUUUGUACCAACAGACCUGCCGUUUCCCUAUUUGAUGUUUGAAGUACAGUGUUUGUAUCAUAAAUCUAUUAUAAAAUCUGUUUGUAUCCUAAAAUGACCUACCUCACACACAUAUUCUGUGUCGAUAAAAAUAAAUCACGUUGCUUAUUGCC